ACGUGGCGUGUUCGAUUUGACGCACUGGUUUCAGCGGAAUGGUUGUGUGUACGCAUGGGUGUGUUCGAUUAGAUCCCUGGGAAUAAGCCGAGCAUUCAGGUGUGACAUCCAAAGGAAGCAGGUGAAAGCCGCUAUCUGGGUCAGGUCAAGCUCGAUCUGCACACACCGACAAUCCUGUGACAGCUUUACCGGGAAACGCAGGUAUUCAACAUACAAUGUACCCACAUAUACCGCGGCAUUUCGUGGCCUUGGGCGAAGGUUGCUUACAAAAAUAAUUCCUGGGUUACGGACGAAACGAUAAUUUAAUCUGUGGAAAAACCUGUUCUUUUCUUCAGGUGCAACACAUUGCACUUAGCGUGUUAAUCGGAUGUUAGUAACACAUUCCACUUGACAUUUGAUUGAGGUCAGGUAAACAAACGUUUGAUUUGAUUUCCUUGUUGUGAGGCUGCCCUUGCGGAACGUUGCAAUGUCUUGUAAGAAUAAAGGCGGACUUGGGGAUUAAUCCACGCGUAGCGGCUGGGCUGUACAUCGUGGAAGGCAGGAGACACAAGACGAGUGAUAUCAUAGUUAUAAUCCACCUCAGUCGGUGAGGGCCGGUUUACGUUGUCAGUGACUGUCGAGUAUCGAUUUAUACACCGAGGUGGCAUACCAUUCGUGUUUCAUGACAUGGUAUUAUUACACACGCCCGCAAGCUGGAAUAAACAAGGCCAACUCGCACACGGAACUGUCCAGCGAUCGGGAAUCCUCGCUCGCCUCGUGCUUGAUGUGCAAUUGACAUUGAAAUCGACAACUGUUAUACCCGUGGUGUUGAUAUAGGCUUUAUUCCGGGGAUGGUAAUUACAGCACAAUAAGCACGUGCUGAGUCAGUGGGAUAUUGACAAGCAUCUGAUUCAUGUACAUUACAGUCAUUCGGAUAUAACGUGUGUUCACCUGUGAUCUUCAAGUCAACUUUACCCAGGUGUGAGUGAAGGGGAGCAGGAUGUCCCAGAAGAAGACCUACGCCCAGAUCCGGGACGACCUACUGCGGGCUCGGUCCUACUUCGUCGACCCGGAGUUCCCUCCCAACGAGAAGUCUCUGUACAAGAGUGGCAGGAUAUCCCGGAGGUUUGGCAGAGUUGUCUGGAAGAGGCCGAUGGACAUCGCCAACAACCCUGUGUUUAUCCUGAACGAGGCGCGCCGUCAUGACCUUGACCAAGGUUACUUGGGUGACUGUUGGUUCGUGGCCGGAGCUGCCAUCUUAGCGACCUCGCACCGGAAGCAGCUGGAUCGGGUUGUACCACGUGACCAGGGCUUCGGAAAUGAAUAUGCAGGGAUCUUCCACUUCUACUUCUGGUGGUACGGGGAGUAUAAGGAAAUCAUCAUCGACGACUACCUCCCAACCAACGGCCACGGCCUCAUCUUCUGCCACAACAGGGAACGCACCAACGAGUUCUGGUCCGCCCUCAUGGAGAAGGCCUACGCCAAACUCAGGGGCAGCUAUGAGGCUCUGGACGGGGGGAAGCUGCAAGACGCACUGGUGGAUUUUACUGGAGGAAUAUCUGAGGCCGUCGACAUCCGGGACAAGGGGAAAAUAGCGAAGAAUAUAUUUGAGAUGCUCUUCAACUCCUUCAAGAUGAACUCGAUGAUUGGAGGAAGCAUAUUCCGUCCACCCAAUGCAACAACACCAGAAGUGCGCCUGUACAACGGUCUGUACAUGGGACAUGCGUACAGCAUAACAGGAUUCACUCAGAUAUCCUUUCAAGGUCGUGUUUGUCGCUUGCUCCGGCUCCGGAAUCCCUGGGGAAGGAAAGAGUGGAAUGGCUCUUGGUCAGACAGGUCUCGAGAAAUGGCGUCUGUAUCCGAAGAAAUCAAGAAUGAUCUUCGUUUUCGGGCAAGGGAGGAUGGCGAAUUCUGGAUUUCAAUAGAGGAUUUCCUGGCCAACUUUGACGAAAUCCAGCUCUGUCACCUGCAGCCUGAUGCUCUCACUGACGAGGUCGCCAUUGACGAAAACAAGAAUCACUGGAACGUGACGCUGUACCAUGAUUCAUGGAUCAGGGGCGUGACGGCUGGAGGGUGUGGCAACCCUCCCAAUCAGAAUCUGUACUGGAAGAAUCCGCAGUUUUUCGUGACUCUCCGUGAGUUUGACGACCGUCUUACGGACAACGACUGCACACUCAUCGUGUCUCUCAUGGAGAAGGAGAAGGGAGGGGAUGUCUCAAAAACAGCAAUAGGAUUUGAUGUCUACAAGUUAAAUAUCCCGGACUUCCGUCCGCUGGACGGACAGAGGGCGCCCCGCAAUGCUCUACUGUUGACGAAACGCUCAGGGUCCUACCAGUAUUACCGAGAAGUCUGUCGUCGAUUUGAGUUGCCUCCAGGGAAUUAUGUCGUAAUCCCGAGCACGUUCGAGCCCCACGAGGAAAGAGACUUCCUGCUUCGGCUGUUUACGGAAAAAAAGGCAGAAAGCGGAGUUAUGGACGAGGAUCCCGGGCCGGCAACUCCAAUCCAGCCAGUUGAAGACACAACAGCCGAUUUGUUUACCAAAUACUCAGGGGAAGAUGGACGAAUGGACUCCUCAGAACUAGCCAGGUUCCUGUCGGCCAUAUCUAAAACAGAAUUCACGGACCCACUGAACUUCAGUAACGAGGCGUGUCGGAGUCUCGUCAGUAUGAUGGAUCAAAACCAGACUGGGUUCGUGAACAUUGAUGAUGUGAAGAAAAUAUGGAAGGAAGUGAAGACGUUCUCCGGCGUAUUCAAGAAGUUUGACGCUGACAAAACGGGGAGUAUUGACACCUUUGAGUUGGGAUCCCUCUUCAGCGCGCUAGGCUUUCCUUUAAGUCGCGGAGUUCUGACUGCCAUAGUGAGGCGCUACGGCGGCCGUGACAACCGCAUCACCUUCGAAGACUUCGUCAUCGUCAUGUCCAAGCUUCUUCUUAUGUACAGUAUUUUCGUGAAGCACCAGAAGGGGCAGGGCAGCAGGGACGGUGUGGCAGAGUUCACCAGGAAUGAGUUUCUCAUGUACACGAUGUUUUGCUGAUAUCAAGGUGAAGGCCAUGAAGAAUGUGACGUCAUACUCCAUGCCGUAUUACUGGUGCUGACUAUACAUUGGUUUAAUAUGAACACAUGAAGUAGUUUCCUUACACAAUAAUGUCAGGGAGUUUAUCCAUCAAGACCAGGAGAAACAGUUCGCUUCGUUAAUCACAGAGUUAAUCAUAGAUAUUGAAUGUAAUCCGGUAGUCCCGGAUGCCACAACGGGGGACUACACUCCUUCAUGUGGUACCGAUGUUAAAUUGAAGUUAACACGUCCCAUGUUAAAUUGAAGUUAACACGUCCCAUGUUAAGAUGAAGUUAACACGUCCCAUGUUAAAU